AUGUGAUCCUUGGUAUGAUAGCAUAAAUUACCGGAAGCCACUUCCCGACCUACCGUAGUAAAUUUUACUCCCCGGCACCUUAGCUUUCAGUUGUACGGUACUCGAGUACCGUAAAUUAACUCCCGCAAGGAUCCGGGUAACCCCCACAACCCGCUCUCCGCUCCCCUCUCCCAGCCUCAUCAUCUAGUCCCAGUCAUUCAACCCCCACCCCGUUCCGCUUCGAAACGACUGGAGACAAAAAAAAACCCCCUAGCAGUGAGCUCUAAAUAAUGCCCUCGUUUAAGCGCUGUACCUAACGAGCGCAUCUAGGAGCCGGAGCAGGAUAGUCCAAAAGAAUGUCUAGGGCCCACCCGAUCCACAUCCACCCCGUGCGCCCAUUCUACGCGGUGUCAGCGAAACUGCUGGGUGCUUCGAUGUGGUUUUUCUUGAUGUAUCGGGCCAAGAAGGAUGGGGUUUGUUGGACCAUGGGGUGACGUGGUGGAGUUUUUUAUUUGCUUUGCUAACGGGAUUAUACUGUAGGCCGUGCUGCUGGGGUUGAAGCAUCCUUGGGAUCACUAGGCGGUGGCGAAGGGAGUUGCCCAUCGGGAUUGUACUGUACGGACUGGCUGGAGGGAGCGAUGGAUUUUGUUGAUACUCGAUCGAAGCUCGGUUUAUGGGCAAAUUGCUUCUAUUUCUAUUUAUUUUGUCUUCUUUUUUCACUCGAGCAUCAUAAUUUUACGGGCUUUCUUAAGUCGUUCUGGGGUCUGGUUUGCGAUAUCAUAAGGGUGUCUUGAAGGGACUCCCUGGGGAGUUUCCAUGCUUGGCGCUAUGAAUAGGGUAUAUUGGUAUAAACGAGACCCAAGCCAGCGUUCGAGUUCCCUUGUAUGAUAUGAUACUGAUGGUAGUAGCACACACCCUGAUACCUGAAUUACUCUACUUAGACCUGUCCCAAAAAUUAGAAACGCUUGGUACCGCACGGGUUGGGAACAGGUCAGGUAGGAUUUCCAAUUUGCCACCAAUAGAACUUCUUCAGUACUUGACCUUUGCCCUAAGUUUUCUCCGGACUGGACGGCACUCUACCCAAUUUUUUGCGCUCAAGCCUCCUAACCUACCACCCCGUUAGCAAGAGCACUUCGUGCGUGCUGGAGGAAGGGAGUGCCGGUUCCAUAGUGCCCUCGAUUGGUCACCGGAGUUCCCCGGCGAUUGCAUUGGCACAGAGGGAGGGGGCCGGAGCAUCAUGUGUUUCAGGGCGAGAGUUGUGUCGAGAGAAUCACGGGAGAUGAUGUUUGGGCAGUCAGCCAGCUCGCGGCGGAUGCCUAUGGCUGUAAUUGGGGUGUUUAUUGUACUGCCUGUUUAACCUAUGGUGGUGCUUUUACUUGGAGCUAACCAAACUAUUGACGAAUGUCGAGUUUCCUAAAUUUGGCCCUUUCAAGAGAUCAUACAAU